AAUGGAUCGGAAGCUGAGAAAAUAAAAAUCAUUCAUCGCUCGACUCUCAUUGAGUGCGGUUUUCGCGACUUUUCAACUUAAGAUUCGCGUCUUAUGAGACCGUGUGUGUUUCUUGUCAUUAAUAUUUAUCGCCCGGAUAAGUUGCAAUCGCCAUGUGCCAGUUGCGCGUCGGUUUCCUGAUUCUAGUACUGCAUUGUAUAUGCACUUGUUUUGGUCAGAAUCUACCGUACAUAGCUUGUCCUGCAAUUUUCCAAUAUCUGAGCUACCGAGGACAAGCCAUUGGGCUUUUAACUCUCUAUCUGGAUUCCAGUGCGGAAGAAAAUGUCGUUAGCAUAGAACUUUCCCAGCCCGGUCGGGAAUCUGCGACCAAUCCGGGUGAUCUUACUAUCAUAGAUUCCGAAGACGAUGUUAUCUUUCGAUUGAGAAACGGGGAGCCCAUUCGUUAUCGCAUCGACUUUCCUACUGCGUGAGUGGUGCCAAAACUUACAAAAGUUUCCGUCAACGGUAUAGUGGUGUGCCGAUCAUCGCCCUUUCGCGCACCAAGCACAAAGUUGUCUUUGUCUCGUUAUGUGAAAACUACAGCACCGUUGGUGCCGCUGCAACCACAAAGACCUCUACAACCCUCUAGGCAGGAACAGGGACUGAUAUUCCAGUCCGUCCCACAACGGAGACCGCAAGUAGUGGAGGAAUUCAUAGAUGCUAGAUCCACCGAUGAGAUCAUACCACCCCCAUCCCGACCUCAACCAAGACCUCAACCAAGGCCUCAACCGACACCUCAACCCACAUCUCAGCCCCGGCCGAAGCCAGCAUCUCCUACUCCAAACCAGAUCUCUACGCCGACGCAGGUUGCAUCUGCAACCAAUUUCCCGCAGACUAUCGGCCAACUGAACGGAGUCUGUGGCCGGGAGAAGGCCAUCCAGACGCCAUUCAUUCACGGGGGAGAAGCAGUAGAACGGGGUCAGCUGCCUUGGAUGGUUACCCUCUUGGAGCAUGUGGGAAAGGAGUAUAACUUCCUCUGCGGUGGCACGUUGAUUUCUGCGAGGACUGUAAUAUCUGCGGCUCACUGUUUCCGCUAUGGAAGUCGUAAUCUUCCCGGCAGUCGCACCACUGUCUCCUUGGGCCGCAACACGCUUGAUUUCUUCACGCCCGGAGACCUCAGACGGGUCUCACUCCUUGUUCUUCAUGAUCAGUAUAAUCCCGCCGUCUAUACGGACGCGGACUUGGCUUUGCUUCAAUUAUCGGAGCAUGUGGUGUUCGGUGACUUCAUUCGCCCCAUUUGCUUGUGGAAUGAGAACUACCUGGUGGACCUCCCUUCGGGCCACAAAUCCUACGUAGCCGGAUGGGGCGAGGACGAGCUGGGCAACCGCAAUUCGCGGCAACUUAAAAUGACGGAUACGGACAUUAUAACGCAGCAGGAGUGCCGGGGUAACCUCUCCGUGGACAAUGUGCGCUUCGUCACCUCGCGAACAAUUUGCGCCAGCAACUCGAGGGCUGCGGGGCCCUGCAACGGGGAUUCCGGUGGGGGUCUUAUGUUGCAGGAGCAGGAUGUCUGGUUAUUGCGUGGCGUCGUCUCCGCCGGUCAGAGAUUGAGUAACAGAUGCGAUCUGACCCAACCUGUGAUCUACACAGAUUUGGCCAAGCAUUUUGAGUGGUUGAUGCAGAACAUGUGGUUUUAAGAGAUUAGUCAAUGAAUUUUUAAAUUCUAUGCCAAAAUAAAUAAUAGCAUAUUUAACGGGCUUAUUGGAUUUAAAUUGUUAUAUAUUUAUCUGAUAAGUAUUUAAUGAUUUGGUUUCAAAAUACAAGCUUUAUUCUACUCACGAAGUGAGUGGCUCUACAAAGAUA